AUGGACAGUCCGAACUCUUUCAAAGAUUACCUUCGUGAUCAUGCGCAUUUCUACUGUCCAAUCGACAAAAGUAUACAGACUGGCUCAAGCGCCGUGAAUCAAGUUGAAGCUACCCAGUUGCGGUACAAAUGGAAAGUUACCGAAGCCCAUCACGACUCGUGCAUGGUCGAUUCCUUGAUCGACGUUCUCGAUGCAUUCCUUGGCCAAAGGGACAUACCAAGUUUGCUGGCAGGAAAAUUUGAACAUUAUAUCAAAUCAGAAGUCGAACGCAAUCGUAGGAUCCCUUCCGUGAUUCGUGGGGAGCCAGAUGUUGGCGAACUCCUACGUAGCAUGCCUCUGACUUUACUCGAUCAAACCAUGAUGGCACUCGACCACUACAUUAAAAUUUACCCGGAAUCCAGUCCGCAAAACUACAAAUCUAGGGUGGACUUCCAGAUUUCUACGUCGAAUGGCAAGAAGGGCCUGGUUGAGGCCAAGUCUCCACGUGUCUUUAACAAUACCGAGGCCAUGUACUUUGUUCCGGAUAUACCGGGCUUCCAAAUAGACGUUCAGAAUAUGGCGAAAUCAAAUGAAGAGAAAAUGAUAAAUAAAGCCUGCUUUUAUAUGGGCUCACACAAGGCACACUGGCUUGCGUUGACCUGCUAUACAAAAUGGAUUUUCUUACGACUUCAUUGCGGCAAGAAGCCUAACCCGACAUAUAUCACUUAUUCAACCGUCGAAAAGCAAUCCAACAACACCCGUCCAUUCCGCGCGCUGUUGGGGAUGAUGUUGGCUAUUACGACAAAUACCGAUGUCCCUUCCACUGCUAACAUGCAGGUGCCGCUUCGAGACAUUCCAAAGGACAAAAAAUCUACACGAUCUAGACAGCAAGACCCUUCUUAUAAGGGGAAACGGCAAAAGACUCGGUCUAUGACGAAACAAGGUCAUUCAGCAUCUGUAUCUACUAGCUUCCUUAUUGCGUGGUCAGAAGAAGUCACACCAGACGCUAGUUGGAUCAAAUUCCAUGCUGCAGAUACGGACGGCUUUCCGAGCUUGGGCACAGGCGCUAUCAAGUUGCGCAUCCAGCGCAGCAUUGGACAAGGCUCGACUGGAAUUGCCUACGAAGCAAUAUCCGAAGUGGAUGAACACGUUGGGUCAUUGAAACGUCGGAAAUACGCGUUUAAGGUCGUUACAAAGGGUGAGACGGAAGGGGAAAGGGGCUCUCUUCAACGUUUACGCAAAGAGCUCAACAUUUAUCGCGAAAUCGAACGGAGAUGGCCGAUAGCGUUUCCGCAGAGUGAGAAGAUCGUACCGCAGUGUUAUGGACUUUUCGAAACGGAGCAAACACUGGCAUUGGUCAUGGAUUAUGAAGGGGAUGUACUCAGUCACGGCGAUGAUUGGCCAGAAUUGACAGGCGAUCAGAGACAUAAAUUGUACAAUGCAAUAUCGGCACUUCACAGACUCGGGGUUUAUCAUGACGACUUAGAACCUCGAAAUGUUGUCCGAUGUAGUAACGGCUCACUCAAGAUCAUCGACUUCUCAUCGAGCAAUCUACAUAAUUGUCACGCUGAGAGUUGGAUCGGAUUAGGAUCCUAUUCGGAUUGCAACAACGGUAAACAGCUCUUACCAAUGGGCUACCGCCUGAUCGACUCAGACACCGGCAUUGUCCACCGCGGGGGGAAUUCCCAACCCACGACCCUUACCUCCCGAGAACCCUUGUGUCUCGCCCUCUUCCACAUAGCCAACAUCCUUUUCACACAACCUCCCGAGCUCCAAGAUCCUCCCAUGCCAACCGGUAUUACAGGCCACCGAGGCUCUUCCGACAGCUCUCUCGACUUCUUCGGUAAACUCAUCGAAAUUCCCUCUAACUAUGUAUCUGCCAUACGUACCGGAGAUGGGAGAUGGGCUUAUUGA